GCCCUCUCCUCGGUCUUGCAGGACUCGGAGACUUCCGGCGUCUCAGCUAAAUUGCUUAAAUUGUUUGCUGGGUGCUAAACGUUUUAUAUUGAGAUUGACACCUCUGUCCUAAAAGGCAGUUCACCAUGGGAAUGGAGAAGCUAAUCACAUCCGGAAGGAACACUGAGGACCAUGAUAUGACAGCUCAUGUGAACAGCACCUUCAGUGGAUGCGGAUUCAGACAGCCAGCCGAGGGGAAGGUUCGGCGGAUUCAGACGGACGGAUGGUGGGCUCCGAGCGAUACGAGACGUGAAAUAGUCACCGGGAGAAGCACAUUGGGACGUGAGUGAAAUGGAGGCACCGCCGGGGACGAGCUGCUGUGAGCGCACCUUGGCCAAACGGGAAUAACCGAGCCGAGAAACUGGGCUGGGAUGGCAGCAUCCAGUAACUCAAGCCUCUCAGGUUCAUCCGUGUCCUCCGACCCUGAGGAUUACCAACCGCCCAUAUGGAAGUCCUACUUGUACCAGCUACAGCAGGAAGCCCCGAGACCAAAGAGGAUCACAUGUCCUCAGGAGAUGGAGAGCAGACCCAAAUACUACGGCAGAGAGUUUCAUGGCAUGAUCUCUCGAGAAUAUGCAGAUGAGCUUCUAGUGGGAGCAGAGGGUGCGUACCUCAUCAGGGAGAGCCAAAGACAGCCAGGGACACACACCUUGGCUUUAAGAUUUGGGCACCAGACCCUCAACUACAGACUUUUCUACGAUGGGAAGCACUUUGUCGGGGAGAAGAGGUUCGAGUCCGUUCACGACCUUGUGACAGACGCCCUCAUCACACUCUACAUCGAGACCAAGGCGGCGGAGUACAUCGCCAAGAUGACCACUAACCCCAUCUACGAACAUCUUGGUUACACCUCGUUGCUCAAGGACAAGAUGGUGCACAGGCUGAGCCGUGGACGCACAGAGCCACGCAGGGUCACCUUCCAAAGAGACGAAAGGAUCUCCUCACCUCUGGUGCAACGGACCGCCUUGAAAGAUACACCGGAGAAGCAGUGCUUCUAUGAGAAGAUACACAACUUCAAGGUACACACCUUUAGAGGGCCACACUGGUGCGAGUACUGCGCCAACUUCAUGUGGGGCCUCAUCGCCCAGGGUGUCCGCUGCUCAGAUUGUGGACUGAAUGUACACAAACAAUGCUCCAAACUGGUUCCCAGCGACUGCCAGCCGGACCUGCGCAGGAUAAAGAAAGUGUAUAGCUGUGACCUCACCACACUGGUCAAAGCUCAUAACACGACCCGACCCAUGGUGGUGGACAUGUGCAUUCGAGAGAUAGAGCUGAGAGGUAUGAACUCCGAGGGCCUCUACCGAGUGUCUGGCUUUUCAGAGCACAUCGAGGAAGUGAGGCUCGCCUUUGACCGAGAUGGGGAUAAGGCUGACAUCAGCGCCAGUGCCUAUGCAGACAUCAACAUCAUUGCUGGUGCUUUGAAGCUCUACUUGAGAGAUCUUCCCAUUCCAGUCAUCACGUUUGACUUGUACUCCAAAUUUAUUCAAUCUGCAAAACUUCCAAAUGCUGAAUCCAGACUGGAGGCCAUUCACGAGAGUUUGCUGCAGCUUCCCCCAGCCCACUACGAGACCCUACGCUACCUGAUGGCUCACCUCAAGAGGGUGACACAGUUGGCAAAGGACAAUUUAAUGAGUUCUGAGAACCUGGGGAUCGUCUAUGGUCCAACGCUCAUGCAGCCUCCGGAGCAGAAUGCCUUGAUAACCCUGAAUGACAUGAGGCAGCAGAAACUGGUGGUGCAGCUGAUGAUUGAGCAUGAAGAUGUCUUAUUCUAAGGACUGGGGCAUGCACGCCUUUUAACAGAAACGAAGGACAUUUUAUUUAUUCUGUGUAAGAGGAAAUUCAAGCCACAGUGGUUCUAAUGAAGUUUCGGAACACUUUGUAAUCAAAUUGAACUUGAAACGCUUUGUUCUCGCAUGACUGUUUUGUUGGAAUUGGUUUAGUGUUGACUUUGUCUUGUUACUGUAAGUUUUGGGUUUUCAUACCCUACCAAGACCAUCAUUUUUAUAUAAGGAAAGGAUCCAGUAUUUUAAACUUCCAACAGUGCUGUUCCCUCCUGUCUUUAAUUUGAAGGCUGUCACUACCUGGUGUAGACUCAGUCAUGAUGACAGCGCUGCGUGAAAUCUUCCCCAGGCAUAUGUCAAUCAUUGCUGGUGCCGUUUUUAACCGAGCCUCACAGCAGCAGCGUAAAUAACGUUGCCACAUCACAACUAUGCAUAUUGUGAUUUUAGUGGGAACGCUGGUUCGAAUUUGAAUUGUAGAUAAAAUCAGAUCAAUUCACGAUCAAUAUUUAAACGCGUGUACUAAAAAACAAAAUAUGAGACAGUUGGGCGCUCAUGAAGCACUUUUUCGCAACAAUUGUAAAGAUUUAUUUUGUAAAGAUGUUUAUUUUUGUCUUUUACUCUGCAUCAUGUUCUUUUGUCACAAUAAUAUAUGCUGUUGAGAAUGACGUUUGUUGAAUUGAUGUCCAAAUACAAAUCUGACCAGAGGACAGACCGAGUUUGUAAAUUAAACAUUUUUAUUUGCAAUGUACUCAGUGUUAUGGUGCGUAAUCAAAAGGUGGAUUUCAUAAUUGCCAUUUUUAAUUACAAGUCCUAUUGCAGAAUUAUUGCAAAACUCUUCUGCACACAUGUUGCUUGCCAGUUUUGUAGAAUAUCUGUUUACAACGCUGUAUUUUGGGAUUACUUUUAAGUGAAAAUAUGAUCUCGGCCCAUUAUUUCUUUCUUUUUGUAUGCCAGUAACAUCGCUCGGUGCAGCAGUAGUUGCCAUCACUUCAAUGUGCCAUAGAAGUUAACAGUCAAACUACAGCUGUACCGAGCAUGUUUCUUUCACAGUCGGUUUGAUGUGUUUAAGUAAAUCCUUUCUACAAAUCCAUUUAACAAAAUGUAUUUUUGUGACGGUUGCAACUAAAAAAAUGUAAUUUAUCAAAUGUUCAUUUAUUAAAGGAAAGAAAACUUCAGUUUGAAAAAGUUUGA